AUGAUGAAUAACAGAAAUAACAAGAAACUAUGCAUGAUAUGUAAUGUGAAAGAAUCAAAUUAUAAAUGUCCAAAAUGUGGGGUAUUAUACUGCUCUUUGAUAUGUUAUAAAGAUGAAAUAAAACAUGUACAUAACAAAGAGACAUUGACCACAAAGCCAACCCCAGAGAUAGAUAACCCAAACAAAAGAUUGCGUAAUGAUACAUUCAGGAAAAUAUACGAGGAAUCACCAGAAUUGCAGGAUCUGUUAAGAUAUAACACAGUUAAAUUUCAUUUAAAUAAAGUUUAUAAAAUCAUCACUGCAAGUAACAAUAGUGAUUUAAAUACUGAGAAUAAAAAUCAAUUGGCUAGUCAUUAUCUAAAUACUUUAAGGUAUGGUGGUAUACAUUACAAUGAAGCUAUUGAAGAAUUUUGCCAAGUUGCACUGUCUAGAUUAGAUGAUACUCAAUGA